GCAAUCUCAGCUUUAAUGGUGGAAAUAUGGCGCGUUAUUACAAAACAUUUAUCUGGAAACCAAAAAAAAAGAAAAAAGAAUGAAAUGAUUGAGUGAAUCCUGUGGUUUAAUUUAGGGGGAUAGGGGCGGGGCCUGCAGGUUUGAUUGACAGGCUGACGUCUCAAUCUGUAGGUUGGAGAUGGAAGGGAAUGGGGGUGUGGCUUGUUUGGUGAAUGGGCGGUCCUUUGUUUGAUCCAAGCCCCAGCGAGCGCCGCCGGAGCCCCAGCGAGCGUCAGUAUGGUCGCGGCUCAGAACAGAGCAGUGCUCGCGGUCGGAUUUUUCUCUUUUUCUCGCGGGUUUUCCACUAAAACCACUGCAUUUUGAUCCUGUAGGUUCCUCUGAUAUCCGCAUUACAGCGCACUGGGGAGGGUUUGGAUCCUGAGAUCAUCCGAGAAACCGUGGAAGGAGCCUUCACUCGUCCUCCUCGAUUUUUGGGUUUUUUCUUCCUCUCUCUUUUUUUUUUUGGAGCAAUACAAAAGGAAGCCUGUGUGACUGCAGACCGGAUUCGCUUUGCACUGGAGUAAAAACAUCAUCAUCAUCAUCAUCAUCAUCAUCAUCAUCUUCUUCUUCUUCCUCCUCACAACCCCGGGGUUUAGAUCCAAGCCCUUUAAUGUGAGAUGUUUUAAAUCACGGAGGGGGAAAAAUCCAAGCCGCAGAAGCCGCACACUCCGGCGGCGUGGAGAGGAAGCGGCGUUUCCUUCUGCUUUUCUUUUCUUUAGCUUUUUGUUCUUUCCAUUUUUUUCCUGCAGCCAUGCGCCGUCCACGCGCUCACUAGAUACAAUAUAACACACAGUGUGUUCAGAUCAAACGUGAGAACUGGAGUCUGCGCGCGUGGACCUCAGACGCGUUGCGUAACCGGGAAACUUCACAAACUCGACUUUUGUGUGUGUGUGUGUGCGCGCGCGUGUUUUUAGACAUUUUGUUUUUCCGAUCGUAUUAAAGCUUCACUUGCUUCAUGGAUCCCCAGUCCCCCAGGCCCAGCUGACAGGACUUCAGCUUCACUCCUUUCCCCCUUUUUCCUUUUUUUUUCUCCUUUUCCCUUCUUGUUAUUAGGACAUGUCGUGGGGGGUUUCUCCCUCCAUCAUGAGGCUCGUAUGGAGGAGUGUGACUGCUCUUUGGAUUUUGCUGCUCACAACACGGGCUGAUGAAGAGGUUUUGAUGAACACCAAAACAGAGACGUCCGAUCUGAAAUGGACCACUUACCCCCGAGCCUCAGGAUCCGAGGAGUCGAGUGGACAGUGGGAGGAAGUGAGCGGUCUGGAUGAGGAGAACAACAGCGUGAGGACGUAUCAGAUCUGUCAGAGCGACGGCUCGGCGAGUCACUGGCUGCGCAGUAAGCUGAUCGCACGCCGGGGGGCGUCGCAGGUUUACGUGGAGCUGCGCUUCACCAUGAUCGAGUGCUCGUCUCGCAGCCCACACCACCGCUCCUGCAAGGAGACCUUCAACCUCUACUACUACCAGAGCGACACGGACGAGGCCACGCCCACACACCCUGCCUGGAUGGAGAACCCUUAUGUCAAGGUGGACACAGUGGCGGCGGACUACCUGCUCCGCAAAGGAGGAGAGAAGAAGUUCAAUGUAAAGACGCUGCGUCUCGGUCCCCUGAGCAAGCGUGGGUUUUAUUUAGCGUUCCAGGCACAGGGGGCGUGCAUGGCCCUGCUCUCGGUGCGAGUCUUCUUCAAGAAGUGUCCUUCGCUCACUCGCUCGCUGUCCGUCUUCCCCGAGACGAUCCCGCGCUCUCUGGUGCAGGAGGCUGUGGGUGAGUGUGUGAGGAACGCCGCUCUCGGACCCAAAGCCAGACCCCCGAAGAUGUUCUGCGCCGAGGACGGGCAGUGGGUGGACCAACCGAGCAGCAGCUGCACGUGUUCGCCAGGAUACGAAGCCGGCUCAGGGGAGCUCGAGUGCAGGGCGUGUCCUGCGGGCCACUUUAAGCUGCUUGCUGGUGGCGGUCCGUGUUCUCCAUGUCCUGAGUCGAGUCACACGGGAGAAACAGGAGCUGAUGCAUGUGUGUGUCGUCCAGAAUACUACCGUGCACCUACGGACACGCUGGACAUGCCCUGUACACGCCCCCCCUCAGCCCCCCACAGCCUCUUCCCUCAGACUAACGACACGUCUGUGACUUUGGAGUGGAGUGAGCCGGUGGACAGUGGCGGUCGCUCUGAUCUCACCUACAGCGUGGAUUGUCGAGUGUGUGUGUCGACAUCCUCAUGCUCGCCGUGCAGCGACAGCGUGAGCUACCGACCUGCGCAGCGCAGCCUUAGUGGGCGGAGCGUCGGCGUGUGGGGGCUCCGCCCACACACCACCUACACUUUCACAAUCACCGCCCUCAACGGGGUUUCAGCACUCAGCCACCAGGGGCCGGCCUCGGAGAGCAUCAACAUCACCACUGGCCAGCAUGUUCCAGUUCUGGUCUCGGGGAUCAAGCAGAGCACAGCAACUGAAUCCAGUCUGACGUUAUUCUGGCCGAUUCCCUCACACACACACUACAGCAUUCUACAGUAUCAACUCCGCUACUGCGAGAAGGAACGUGGUGCAGAGGAACACUCGUGCCGUUAUAAGGAGAGCUCCAGCAACCACGUGGUCCUGAGCGACCUCCGCAGGGCGACGCAGUACGAGGUGCAGGUCCGAGCACGGACGCAGUCGGGGUACAGCGUCUUCAGCCAGGCCAAGUCCUUCAGAACGCUGCCUGAUGAAGACGUCUCCUCGUCCCCGCUGCUGGUCACCGGGAUUCUGGUUGCCAUGGGGAUGAUCCUUCUCAUCGCCGUCAUCGGCCUUGCCAUCUACUGCAUCCGCAAACAGAGCCAUCUGAAGGAUCCAGAGCUCAGUGAUAAAAAUGGCCAGUACCUCAUGGGCCAAGGAGUGAAGGUGUACAUCGAUCCUUUUACCUAUGAGGACCCAAAUGAGGCAGUGAGGGAGUUCGCUAAGGAGAUUGAGGUCUCCUGCGUGAAGAUCGAGGAGGUGAUUGGUGCAGGUGAGUUUGGUGAGGUGUGUCGAGGUCGUCUGCGUGUUCCUGGUAAAAAGGAGAACUACGUGGCUAUUAAGACUUUGAAAGGUGGCUACACGGAUAAACAGAGGCGGGACUUCCUGUCCGAGGCGUCCAUCAUGGGGCAGUUCCACCACCCCAACAUCAUCCACCUGGAGGGCAUCAUCACAGCCAGCUGCCCCGUCAUGAUCAUCACAGAGUUCAUGGAGAAUGGAGCGCUCGACUCCUUCCUCAGGCUGAAUGAUGGACAGUUCACUCCGAUCCAGUUAGUGGGAAUGCUGCGUGGAAUAGCGAGUGGGAUGAAGUAUCCGGAGAUGAGUUACGUCCAUCGGGAUCUGGCAGCUCGCAACAUUCUGGUCAACAGCAACCUGGUGUGUAAAGUGUCUGACUUCGGCCUGAGCCGCUUCCUGCAGGAGAACUCGUCUGACCCUACCUACACCAGCUCACUGGGCGGGAAGAUCCCGAUUCGCUGGACGGCUCCUGAGGCCAUCGCCUUCCGCAAAUUCACCUCCGCCUCCGAUGUGUGGAGCUACGGCAUUGUGAUGUGGGAGGUCAUGUCGUUUGGAGAGAGACCGUACUGGGACAUGAGCAACCAGGACGUUAUUAAUGCUAUAGAGCAGGACUAUCGUUUGCCACCACCCCCGGAAUGCCCCUCACACCUCCACCAGCUGAUGCUGGACUGCUGGCAGAAAGAGCGAACGGCACGGCCCAGAUUCGCCAACAUCGUCUCGGCCCUCGACAAGCUGAUCCGCAACCCCGUGUCCCUCAAAAUCACCGCCCACGACGGAGCAGGUCCGUCUCACCCUCUCCUGGACCAGCGCUCCACUCUCUCCUCCUGCAGCUCAGUGACCGAGUGGCUCAGGGCCAUAAAGAUGGAGAGAUAUGAGGAGAGUUUCAUCCAGGCGGGAUACACAUCCAUGCAGCUCCUGUCUCACAUCAACGCUGAGGAUCUGUUGCGGUUGGGCGUGACUCUCGCCGGCCAUCAGAAGAAAAUCCUCUCCAGCAUUCAAGCUCUUCGAAUCCAGAACAAGACUCCUAAUAACAUCCUCUACUGACUCUCUCUCACACACACACACACACACACACACACACACACACACACACACACACUCUCACACUCUCACACACACACAGAGACUUGUGAAAUACACACACAUACGUUUAUAGACUCAGCUCUUCCUGGGAUGUGAAGGACUUUGUUCAGCAUCCAAUCAGGAGUCAGGAAAUGGCUUCAGGUUGAUGGUGAUGGUGAUCUCCAGAAUCACUGUGGCAACAGUGCGACGUUUUUUUAAAGCAAGACGUCACAAACGGAGAAAAAAAGAAAAAGUGACGUUUUGGCGCGAGCGUGACGUGCUGAGGACACUUCCACGUCAUUUUAACGUUUUUAGAGUAUUUUUCUACCGGAGUGUGUUAUUGGUUCCAGAGAGACAGAACAAGAAGGGACACGCCCAAGAACCGCCUUUUUGUCCUGUGGGGGGCAGCACUGGUUCUCCAUUUGGGGGGGGUCUUUUGGGGGAAUUCGGUUCUAUCGGUUCUCUGUUCUCUUCUACACACACACACACACACACACACACACACGUGUGUGAUUUCUUUUCAGUAUCUGCAAUGUGAGCAACUCCGCGCGCGCGCACACACACACACACACACUUUCCUUUCGAUCACACCGUCUCCUGGACAACGGUUUGAUUCGGAUUUAGAAUUAAUGCUGUGAUUAUAAUCUGCUCAUUCGGACCACGUUGGAUCACUUCCUGUCUGUGAUUGGAAUUUUAAGCCAGGCUCAUACGGACACACACACACACACACACACACACACACACACACACACACACACACACACAGGGUCUAAAUGCAUUACUCAGUCUUCUCAUUUCAAUUACUGUAGCCACACCUCCAAAUGAUCACAUGACCACGUUCAUUCUCAAACUGGGGUCCAUGGUUUUUUUUGUGGGGUUUUUUUUUUGUGGUGUUUUGUUUUUGUGUGUGUGUGUGAGAUCUGUAGGGGCCCAAGCACCACACUGCCCCUGAUGAUGAGGUUUAGCUGAUGAAUAUAUUGAUUAGAUGAAUAUAAAGCUCAUUUGUGGUUGUGUGGAAUGAAGUAUAUUUCUACAGCUGAGAACAGGGUUCUGUUAGUGAGACGGAGAACUGCUACAUGUUAGUGAUGAGUCUAAUCAGUGUUCUAGACCACGAGAAGAAUACAGAAAAAAUCAGCUUUUUAUAUGUGAACUGAACCCUUUUUUUAGAAUGAGAUGAUGUGGUGUGGUGGUGCGAGUACGCUGAAGCGUGAGUUUUAGAUGCAGUCCGUCUGCGUUCAUAUACACAUACAUGAGCUGAUCAAUUGCACCGAAUCCAGAUGUGAGUAUUUAAACUCUUAUUUUCAAACACAAUUAUUCCUCUGUGUGCGCGUGUGUGUGUGUGUUAGCACUUGAUCAUAUUUUAUUCAGGAGUAAUGACUGACAGGGUCUGAUAUCACCACACACACACACACACACACACACACACACACACACACACACAUAUAAGCAGAAUGUCUCACUUUAAAAACUCUUUCCUUUGACCCCUGCUGGGCGUGACCCAGGUGGGCAUGGCCCCAGUGGGCGUGACCCAGGGGGCGUGCCCCUGGUGUGGGGUUUCUGGGUAGGAGGACGAGUGAGAUCUUCACAUUGGAGGUCUGUACUGAAGCAGGAAGGUGUUUGUUAUUCUGAUUAUUAUAAUUAUUAUUAUUAUUGUUGUUAAUUGUUUUUUUUAUAUAUUGUAUAGGGAUCUAUGUUUUCUGUAAAUUGAGUUUUAAUUCCUUUUUCAGUGUAACCUGUGUUUGUCCCACAAUAAACCAUUUACACACACACACUCACA